AAUAUUCACCUAGAUUUAUUGCUAUAUUGAAAUCUUUUGAGAAAAUAAUGCACUCUAUUUUAUUCUGUAAAUGGUGUAUAAUUAUAAAUCACAGCUGCAACCAAUAUUAUGAAUCAUUAUUUAUGAAUACGAAUAAAUGCACAUAAGAGUAAAUAAAAUCUAAUCAUGGAGUUACAGGUGAAUUUGAGCAGUUUGAAAUUAAUCUGCAAUCACAAAUUUAAAGAUUCACAAAUUUUGAUUGUUAAAUGGGCUCAUUAAUGAAAGGCUCAUUGUUGUUGUUGUUGUGCACUAUAGGUUUCUCUGCUUCCACUACACAGCCAUAAUAAACAGCAGUGUAACAAAAAAAAGACUAGAAGUGGAUCAGAUUGUGGAGUUUUGUUGUGCACUACUGAAGCUGAAUAAAUGAAAUUGUAUUGAAGCUUUAAGAAAUUAAAAUGUUUUCUGUGACAAAAUCAGAGAUUAAAAGAAACAGUGGUAAAGGGACUUGCAUUAAAAAUCCAAGCGCAAAACUGGAGUUUUGUGUGAAGCACUAAUUCAUUACUGCAACACAGCAGCAAAAAAGCAGUGAGUGAAAGAUGUUAAGCUGUGCACAACUUUUUUCAGUGAGGAUCACAUUAAAGAGCUUUUCUAAAUGCUCUAUAUAAGCACAAACAUCGUAAAGAAAUCAGGUAGACUUGAUGGAUUUUAGAAAGAAAAAAAAGUACAUAAAUCUCCUUACAAAAAUGCCCAGUGAGUGCUUUUAACUUUGGUAGUGUUCAGUUGUUCCACUCUGUGCUCAGAUUGGAUUAUGCCUCAACUGAAAGUUGUUUUGGAUAAAACGUUUUGAUAAUUGAAUCAGUGUAAAUGUUACAAGGUUUUUACAAUUGCUAAGAAGCAUUUUCAGUUUUUUCUUUCUGAAACACUUCAUGCAGUUAGCACAACACACACCCCAAACCAUGAACAGUUUUUUUUCCUUGAUUGAUUACAGCAGACAUUCAGUGAACACAAUUUCCAAAAUUCUUUCAUUCACUUCUCGCUCAGAGUCAGUCUUUAGUUUUAACUGUGUAUUUCUGUAGCUCAAACUGCUCAUGUUUGCUUACAGUGUUACAAACAUGGUUACACUUAACUCUUAAACCUAGCAUGAAAAUGAGCAAAUAUUAUAUUUGCUCAUUUUAUGAGCAAAUAUAAAAUUUGCUCAUAAAAGCAAAUUAUUGACACAACAAUCAUAGCACAAAAAAAAAGAUAAUUGAGACACACUGCUGAUUGAAUAUAAUAAACAAUACAGGCAUGUUACUGCAACACAGGGUUUUCCUUCACACAAACAAAGCUGAAGAUAUUACAAAAUGCAGUUACAAAAUGUAUUUGGGUUAAUUAAUUUGCAAUUUUUUAAAAUACAUUUCAUUCAUUCAUUUAUUCGUUAAUGCAUUGCCUACAGCAUUUAAUUAGCAUGGGAUUAGAUGGGAUUAAAAACACAUAGAGGAUACAGAUGAACACUACUGACAUGAAUUGUCAGUUCAACACUGUGUUCAGUUAUUUUCAUUAAACACUGUACAUGUGAAGUGAUGUUAACUGAGCAGUGUUAAAUGACUGGAAGAGAGUGUUAGUGUAAUCUCAAUACUACAGGUGCUAACUGUAUGUGGAGAGUGAAGGAAUCAGGUUUUUGGUGCUUGGAGUCAUUUGGAGUGUUUGAAGCACUUUAGAUGUUAAAGUACCACUGAGUUAAAUUAAAGAUUAACGUGAGCAUAAACUUCUGCUACAAAAUUUAAUCUCUGAUGUAAAGAGAGUGUAAAAUUAAUGUGUCUAAUCCAGUCAUAAAUCUGUUCUCUGGUGCGUGUGUGUGUGUGUGUGUGUGUGUCCCCUUCGUGUGAAAGCGGCUCAAUUGGAGCUCUUCAUUCACUUCAUCCCCUUUUAUUCUCUUUAUGUGAGCUCCUUUUGUUGCCUGUGUCACUCCCUGAAGCCUCUCAGUGCGUAUAAAAGGGACACAGCCGAGUCUAGCCGGACUCAGUGCACACACUGAUUAGGGCAUCCAGGAGGACUGUCUCUCUCUCUCUCUCCCUCUCUCUCUCUCUGUCUGUCUCUGUCUCUGUCACGCAUCCUGUCCUGUGCUGUGUAAUUUCCAUCAUGAUGACGAUGAUGCCCGGUCUCGUGGCCAUGUACCCGGGCUUGCUGCAUCCCGCGGCCGCGUUUCAUUCCCCCACGCCGCCCGCUCUCCACGCGCACUCCGCGCUCCGGGCGCGCUCCGGCUUCCUGGUGGAGGAUCUGCUGCGCAUCAGCUCUUCUUCUUCUUCCACUCUUUCCUCCACCAUCACUCCAUCCGAGACUCCAGUGGCUGGAUUUCCUUCUCCGAAAACUCCGAGCAAAGACCAGACACACCUCAAAUUUGGUGUUAAUGCCAUCCUGGCACACACACCCAAAAAGCUGUCGGUUCCUCGGCCUGUUCCUGAAGUUCACCCUAAAGCCCUGACUGUUCCGUAUUUCGAUGGAUCCUUCUAUCCUUUCCUUCGCUCGUCUUACUUCCCCGGAUCGUCCUCGGUGGUCCCGGUCCCUGGGACGUUCUCAUGGCCGUUGGCCUCCAGAGGGAAGCCGAGGAGAGGGAUGCUGCGCAGGGCUGUGUUUUCCGACGUGCAACGUAAAGCUCUGGAGAAAAUGUUCCAAAAACAAAAGUACAUCAGCAAACCAGACCGGAAAAAACUCGCCACCAAACUGGGCCUUAAAGAUUCUCAGGUGAAGAUCUGGUUUCAGAACCGGCGGAUGAAGUGGAGGAACUCUAAGGAGCGUGAGCUCCUGUCGUCCGGCGGCUGCAGGGAACAGACGCUGCCCACGCGGACCAACCCUCAUCCUGAUCUGAGUGACGUGCGGGAUAAACCAUUACGCCAUGAGGAGGGGGAUGAGGAGGAUGGAGUGAGGAGUGUACACACUGCACACUCGUACCCUUCACCGAAGUCUGAGUGCUCACACCUUACCAUGUCCUCACCAUCGAGCAAACACUCGGACUCUUCUGACUCGGAGGAUGAGAUCAUGGUUUCAUAACCUUUAUUAGAAAACACUGUGUGUGUGCAUGUGUGUGUGUGUGUGUGUGUGUGUAGGAUAUUGUUAUCAGCACACGCGUGGUUUAAUGUUCUUGCUGUGGUGCACAGCGGUUUUGGAACUGUACAGUAUUUUGUACAAAUAUUUUUGUAUGGAUAUUUUAUACCAAGAAUGUUGAGUUACAUACACUUAUAUUUCACAUAGAUAUUUUUAUUAAAGGCUGUAGACUUGUGUAUAAUUUAUACGAAUGCAUGUGUGUCUCGGUGUAUGCAUAUUUGUAUGUUUAUGUUUUUGUAAAAAAAAAAAAAAAGUCAAUAAAUUGUAACAUUAACCUGGGAAUGGUUUGUGAUUACUGCUAAAUUAUUAAAUAGGUCUAGAUUACUAAAUAAACCACUGAUCCUGGAGAAACAUGAAGCUGUAUGUCUGUCUGUCUGUCUGUACUUCAGGAAGUGCUGUUGAGGUGUGUGUACAU